ACAAUGAAGUAUUAGACCAGAUGCACAUCAUAAUGCGACUAAAGCCGAAUCCCAGACGGACGCUUUUUUAAGGUCCGAAAAAGAGGACAUAUGGUCACCCUAGCAUAGCUACACGUGCAUGACUUCAAGAAGUGCAAGAGGUUUCUGUUUCUAGCUCCAGACUCCCAUAAUUAAAAAUAGCAAAGAGGGUGAGAGAACCCUGAAACUCCCCCCAACUCGGAAAGAACAAGCGCUCGAGUACAGAAUGACUGAACUAAGCAAGAAAAAAGUUUAACCGCUCUGUAAACUGACAAUCACACUGCUGAGAAAACGGUCUAACUCUUAUCAAACCAAGUCCAGAACGUUUACAGCCAUUUUGGCAUCUCCUCGGGGGCGACACGUGUGUCAUGAAAAGGCGUUUGCGCUCUCAGCACCGGUGGUGACUCUUCAGUCAAAAGAGUACAGCAGGAGGAAGAGUGCAAAAGACGGAUGUAACAAAAUGAACAGCGUCGCCAACGACACAACGUAGCCUAGUCGCUGUAAAGAGUUGGAGACGCCUUUUCUUCUUUUAUGCCUUUGUUGGAGAAGUGUUUAUUGAUUGGGAUCCGCUCUCGAGCGUGCGUUUCUUACGGAAGGAAUAAUUAAAGGUGAUUCUAAUGGGGUCACAAGGGCCAGGGCGUAAAAGAACUCCCAGCAAAAUUGGGUUGACUGCCGAGGAAGAUGCCCUCAACAUCAUUGCAAGAGAGGCUGAAGCCCGUUUGGCAGCUAAGAGGACGGCCCGUGCAGAGGCGCGUGAGAUCAGAAUGAAAGAACUGGAGAGGCAACAAAAAGAGAUUUAUCAGGUGCAGAAGAAAUACUAUGGACUGGAUAAGCUCGACAACAAAUGGGGGGCCAUUGAGCAGUGGAUGGAGGACAGUGAGCGGUAUACACGCCUCUCACGGAGACAUGCUUCGGUGUCAGAUGAUGAAGAAAGGAUAUCAGUGGGGAGCAGGAGCAACAUACAGGUUGAUGACCGGUUAGAGCGAGACUACUUGGAAAAGGGCUCUUCACGAACAUCGACUAUAUCUGGUGCCACUCUUACAUCUUUGGGUGAAAUGUCUUCACGGAGAGGAAGUGGAGAUACAUCCAUCACUGUUGACACAGAACCCUCCAUAAGGGAAAUCAAGGAGAUUCACGAGCUUAAGGAUCAGAUUCAAGACGUGGAGGUGAAGCACAUGCAGAACCUCAAAGAGCUCAAGGAUGUCCUGUUGGAAGUAGAGGAAAAGUACCGGAAGGCCAUGGUGUCCAACGCACAGCUUGAUAAUGAGAAGACCAAUCUGAUUUAUGAAGUGGACACUUUGAAAGACUCUUUGAUAGAACUGGAGGAGAUGCUCUUUGAAACACGGUGUGAUCUUGAGGACAAGAGUAAGAACCUAGAACGAGAGAAGCAUGCCCACAGUAUACUGCAGUUUCAGUUCAAUGAAUUGAAAGAGACAUUGAAACAAAGUGAAGAACUGCUAACUGAAAUCCGUCAGUUACGACUCAAGCAGGAUGGCUUUGUUAGGGAGAUUUCUGACCUCCAGGAAACAAUUGAAUGGAAGAAUAAAAAAAUUGGGGCAUUAGAGAGGCAGAAGGAAUUUUCUGAUGCCAUUCGAAAUGAGAGGGAUGAGCUCAGAGAUGAGAUUGUUCAGCUCAAAGAUAUUUUGAAGAAACAUGGUAUUGUCCUUGGACCUGACCUGGCCACCAAUGGAGAAACAGGAGAACAAGCAGAAGAGGCUGAUCAGAAUUCUCAAACAUCUUCUGCUGAAAUCCGAGAGGGGAGUAGCAUACUUGGCACUCAUCAGUUGGAGCUGUGUAAAGACCAGCACCAAAAAGAUUUGGAUGAGGAGGUGCAACUGUCUUCACAUGUCCCAUUCAGUUCUACAAAGACAUCUUUAAAGGCAAAUGAGAAUGGAGAACUUAGGGACAAAUUGAAUCAGGGUGUAGAGCAGUUUGAGAAUAGACCUGAAAUACCUCCAAAUUCUGUUGGUGAAGAAGCAGGACCCAUUGAUGAGAUCAAAGCCAUGGAGUCUGUACCAGAAGAUUUAGGGGGUAAAAUAGUGGAAUUAGAGUGUGAUGUUCACAGUAAUGCACAUACGGAGACAGAUCAACAAGACGGCAUGAUAUCUGCUGAUCUUAUUCAGGUAAUCAAAGAGGAAAUUCCUAUAGUGUCUGUUUCUUGUCCAAGACCUGAUAAAGAUCAACCUGGUGAGGCAGAGCUUGAAAAUAAAAGCAAAGAAGAACCUGUGGAAUCAUUUAAAACAGAGAAACUUCCACAAACUCAAUGUGCAAGUGUUUCAAAUAAAAAGAAGAAAAAGAAAAAGAAAGGAAAGCAGAAACCGAAACAAAGCGACAAAAAAGAAAGUGACACAAAGAUGGAUGACAAGAAUGAAAAAGUCUUGAGUGAAAAUAAUCCAAACCAAAAGAUGGAAAGUGAUCAAGAGGGUAACCACGAGGAACCCUUAGGGAAUGAUGUAUCAGCAAAUGCAAAAGACCCAGCUGAUCCACAAGAUGAUAAAUUAACAGAAAAAAUAGAGUGUGUUGAAAUACCAAGCACAAAUGUAAAUGCUGAUGAUGCAAGAGACCAAUUUCAGACAGUUACAGAUGAGGCUGAUUCAGGAAAAUGUUCUAAAUCCAUCUUAAAUUUUGAUUGCCCUGAAUCUAAAACUUGCACUGGUGUUCUUUUAGAUGAGGUGUCUCAAAUCAGUAUAACUAACCCCACAACCAUUAUUGAUGAAGAAACGGAGGACUCAACAGUUGCUGGCCAAGAGAUUGUAAUCAUCUCCAGUGAGAUUGAUUCUUCAGAAAAAGAGGCUUCACUGUCUCAUAAACUUUAUUUUAAGCCCAUGGAUGAUGUUGGCAGGUGUGUGGAACCCCCUGAGUCCAUUUGCAACUCUGACGUCUUUGAGAAUUCAUUGUUGAUAGAAGUGAAGGAAGUGAAGAGUGAUCUGGACAGUGAUACAGUAGAACAGGAGGCAAUGCACCAAAAUAUUGAUCCAGAUGGGACCACUUUCCAUGAUGGUCUUGACAACUCUGCUCAAAUUCAUUCAUCCUCCUCUCUGCUAAAGAAGUCUGAAAAGGAAGCUGAAACAGAAACACAGGAACAAGCAACAGAGCCCAUUGAUCAGGUGUUAGAAAUUCAUCUUCAGGACAGUGUUCAAGUCAUCCAGAAAGACACUAAGUCACAGCAAAAUGAACUAGUCAAAGAAAAUCUAAUAAUAUCUAGUGACGAAGUGUUCAUAGGAGACAAUGCUAAAUACACUGCUGUAACUGAAACCCUUGUUCAACACAUUGGAGAAGAAGGUGAGGUGGAGGAAAGAUCACUUCAAGUUCAAGUAAAACCUGAGGCUCAUCUGUCUGGAGAGGAUGAAGCCAAUAAGGAAUCAGUAGAGUCAGAAGUCUCUGACCAAGAGACCAAGCUAGAAAAAGGUGAAGAUGAUGAAAAAGAAAAAUCAGUUCAAGAUCAGGUUAUACCUGAGGCUCAACUGUCUGGAGAGGAUGAAGCCAUUCAGGAAUCAACAGAAUCAGGAACCUCUGACCAAACACCCAAUCUAGAAAUAUGUUUGAAGGAUGAAAAGGACAAAUUAUUCCAAGAUCAGGUUACACCUGAGGCUCCACAGUCUGGAGAGAAUGGGGCCAAUCAGGAAUCAGUAGAAUUAGAAGCCUUUGAAGAACUCAAUCUAGAAAAAGAUGAGGAAGAUGAGAAAGAAAGAUUAUUCCAAGAUCAAAUUGGGCUUGAUGUGCAACUUCCUGGAGAGGAUGACGACAUCCUGGGAGAGUCAGAUGCGGUUGCUCAAGAGCUCAAGGAAGAAGAUGAGGAAGACGAAGGGGAAUCUUUUGAUUUUGAUGACAUCGAUCUUGAAGCAUCAUCAGAUGCACUUUCUAAAAACAGUCUAGAUCAACCAAAUAUGCAUCUUGCACUUUUAAAAGAAAAUGUGCAAGGUCCAAGCCAGGAAUUCCAAAGCGAUGUCAUUGAUGAGGACAGGACACAAAAAGAUGUUGGAACUCUGGAUCUUGCAGAUCAGGAACCAAAGCCAAAAGAGCAGAUGGAUGAUGGACUUGCCAUAGAAAACCCACAAACAACAACAGAGGUUGAAGGAUAUUUAACAGAGCCCAGCCACGUCGACAAGGAAGAAGUUCAACCUAAUCAUCAGCAACAUGAUACGCCUGAAAAUAAACAAUAUACAGUUGAAAAGCAUCGGCAAGCAGCAGAAGAUAUAAGACACAAUGAGGGAGUUAAUCUCAUCUCAGAGAUGGAAAGAAGAGAUGUAGGCCAAGAGAUCAUUCACCAUAAACCAAAGAUUUCAGGAGAGCAAGAAGUUGAGAAGGAAAUAACAGGGAGCAACAAGGAAGAUGAUAGAAAGGAAUCUAAAAAAAAUAGCAAAAAAGGAAAGGGCAAGGGGAAAGAAGAAUGUAAAAUGUCUUAAUAUACAAGGAUUUGCAGAGUCUUUUUUCCUUGGUAUCUACUAUUCAACAUUGCACUUACGUAGGUCUUAAGAACACCAUUUUGAAACCAGUACUUUAAAGACUUCCGAGAACCCUAGAAUACCGAAGGUUAUCUUACAGUCUUGUAACUUUACCAUGUAACUUUCAUCACAGCUGUUUUACAGCUGAUUAAGAAUUCUGAAGUUACUCUGGCUGUAAAUUGGCCAAACAGAAUGUCUGAAUUUUUUUUUAAAUCAGUUGCACAUUAAAUGCUAGCAGUAGAGUGUAAACGGUCAUAUUUAUUUUGAAAUUUUAAUAACCAUAUGAUGUUUCAAGUAUGUAAUAAUAAAAUGAAAGUUUUUGCUACCUUUUUUGCUGAUUAACAGACAUUGUGGGAGAUAUUAACAAGUGGAAUUAUUUUAUUUAUUCUGCUUGGUGACUAAAGAUUAUGUUGGAACCCAGCUAUCUUCAAAUUAAAUAAAGAUAAUAAUUGAAACAUA